AUGCCAAAAGCGACCUUGCCCAGCAAGGACGAGGUCAAGGCUCGCAUGACCACGAUCGAGGCCUGGAAAUUGCCCAAGCAGACGAGCAGCGUUGCGCCUGCAGACGUGUGGACGAAUGCCGACCAAGAUCCGGUGCCCCUCGAGCGUCGAACCUGGGGGUCAUGGGCCUUUUGUGGCUACUGGUUGAGCGAUUUGCUCACUGUGGCCACCUGGCAAACCGGCUCCUCGAUUCUUAUAGUUGGAUUGGGAACCAACGAUGCCAUCCUGAUCAUGUUCGUGUCGGGGAUCUGCAACAUGAUUGCCACCAUAUUGAACGGCCAUGUCGGAGCCACCCUGCACGUCCCAUUCCCCAUUGCCAUCCGCUCGAGCUACGGCUACUGGUUCAGCUACUUUUGUGUCGUCUCCCGAGCCAUCCUCGCCGCCUUUUGGCUAGGCAUCCAGAGCGUCGGCGGCGGCGCGGCAGUCGGGCAGGCUAUCACCUGUAUCUGGCCCAGCUUCGCCACUCUGCCCAACACCCUGCCACCAUCGGCUGGCAUCACCACAAAGUCCAUGGUCUCCUACGUCAUCUUCCACCUCAUCCAGUUUCCCUUCCUUCUCAUCCCCUCGCACAAGCUGCAGAAGCUCUUCCUGGUGAAAUCCAUUCUUGUGCCCCCCAUGGCCGUGGGGAUGCUCAUCUGGAUCUGCGUUAAAGCCAAUGGCGUAAACGCAAUCCUCAACCAGCCGGCCACCCUCACCGGCAGCGCGUGUGCCUGGGCCUGGCUGGCAGCGCUCACGUCCAUCACGGGCGGGUGGUACUCGCUGUCCGUCAACAUUAGUGACUUCACGCGCAUGAGCAGAGACUCCCGUGCACACCUGUGGCAGGCACCCUUCAUCCCAGGCAUCAAGAUCAUCACCUCCCUCUUCGGCAUCGUGGCCAUGGGUGCGGGACGUGUCGUCUACGGUCAGGACAUGUGGACACCCCUCGAGCUGAUUGCCAAGUGGGAGGGUAGCGGGGGCAGGUUCCUGGGUUUUGUUUGCUCCAUGCUUUGGGUGCUGGCGCAGGUCAGCUGCAACAUCAGUGCCAACUCCUUCUCCUUUGCCAAUGACGUUACGUCGCUGUUCCCCAAGUGGAUCAACAUCCGGAGGGGCACGAUUCUGUGCUCCCUGCUUGGUGGUUUCGCCCUGGUUCCCUGGCUGAUGGUCAGCUCUGCAUACGUCUUCCUCUCCUUCAUGAGCGGCUACGCCAUUUUCCUCGGGCCCAUGUCCGGGAUGCUCACGUGUGACUUUUGGCUAAUUCAGCGGGGCAAGUACGAUGUCCCUGGGCUGUAUGACCCAGAGGGUAGAUAUCGGUACUGGCACGGAAUCAACUGGCGGGCUUUACUCACCACGGUCCUCAUCAUGACACCUCUGCUUCCUGGCCUCGCUAAUGCCGUUUCGCCCAAGACCGUGUCGAUUGAUGCAGGCCUCAAGAACUUGUACAACAUCAGCUGGCUCUAUGGCUACCACGCCACUAUUCUCGUCUACUGGCUCCUCAACUACUUCUUCCCUGCCAAGGGGGUGGCGGUUGUGAAGACGAUCCAAGCCUCCGAGGAUGAGAUGAAUGUCAGCGAAAGCAUUGAGGUCGCCGGCGGAACGAGCGUGGAUGGCAGUGUGGAGGAGAAGAAGGUGUCUGCCACUGAGAAGGCCCUGUAA